UUUAUAGUUUCUAUACCUAUUUAAAGUAAGCCAAUUCACGGUACUCAUUUAUAAAUAGACGGAUAGCCUAACUAGACGUGUGCAUUUCAUACUAAUUAAGGAAGAAAAAACAAAUUCUUUUCAGCAUACGAAAGUGAGAGCAAAAGAAAAAUCGAACAAACCUUUAACUUUACCACAAAAAAAAAAAAGAAAAGGGAAAAAGUUGCAAAAAUGAGUUUGGUGUGGACUUUGAUCGCCGGAUUUUUGUACGCCGAAAUUGCGGUUGUAUUGCUGCUGGUGCUGCCCGUGGCCAGUCCGUACAAAUGGAAUCGUUUCUUCAAAUCCAAAUUUCUGGCCAUGAUUGGCAAGCAGUCGCACAUCUAUUUCUUUGUUAUAAUGAGUGUGCUGGUUCUGCUCCUGCUGGACGCCAUACGUGAGAUGCGCAAAUAUUCCAGCACUGACAAUGUCGGUGAGGUUCACCUCAAUGUGGAGAUGCAGCACAGCAUGCGUUUGUUCCGUGCCCAACGUAAUUUCUACAUAUGCGGUUUUGCUGUCUUCCUUGUGCUUGUCAUCCGCCGUUUGGUCACACUGAUCUCAUCACAGGCCAAUCUUCUGGCUCAAAGCGAGGCAUCGAUGAAGCAGGCUCAGAGCGCCACGGCCGCCGCACGCUCCCUGAUGACGGACAAGGCCGACAAGGCUAAGGAGGCCACCGAGGACACCACACUGAAUGAGCUCAACAAGCUGAAGGAACGCGUCCAGGAGCUGACAUCCGACUUGAAUCGCGAGAAGAAGGACAAGGAGGCAGUCAAGUCGCAGGCGGAGAGUCUUAAUCGCGAAUACGAUCGGUUGACCGAGGAGUACAGCAAACUGCAGAAACAGAUCACCAUUGGAGCCGUUGGCAAAGCCGAUAAAGAUGAAUAAGCGAACGCUACAUCAAUAAUAUUUAAAGAAUGAUAAGACUUCAAAAUGAAAAACAAAAAAAAAGAAAAGAAAACGGCGGUGGGGGCAAAGGCAUCAAAAUGAAAUUACUUAAAGAUUAUUGAAGAUUAUAAAUUGAGCAAACAAUGCACACCUACACAAACUACAUACGCCUACACACAACAAGUAGAAGCCUAAAGCUUAACGCAUUAAUAUGUAUAAAAUACAACAAGUUAGAUAACGAAA